AAUCCCAGCCCUCUGAUUCCAUCAGUUUCACCACCUGCAUCCGGCAGCUGCGCAACACCCCUCUGGUUUCUCUCGUCAGGAACCGUGUUUAUCUCUUGCAAAAACAAGCCAUCUCACUCGUCCCAUUUCCUGUCACUGAGCGGAAUGGCUGAUCAGUUUGCUACCCUCGCUGGCUGAUCAGUUCAGUUAACGCUGGACAUGAAGGUGAUUCUGGCAAUGCGGGUGUGAAGAAAGGCUGUGAAGAAACAUGGACGGGUCUCGUGGGGGCGAUGAUGGGAUGGAUGUGGGGGAUCCGACCCACGAUCGGCAUCCCAUGCAACCCCAUUACCGGCAUCACCAUGGGUUGCAGGCGCUACCGCAUUUGAGCAAUGGGAAUGAUAUGAAUGACGAUCACGACGGCGGCGGCGGCGGCGGCGGGGAGGGCGUUGAAGGGGAUGUCCCCUCUGACGCCGGGAACGAUUCGGACAAUCGCGGAGGAGGCGAUGAUGCCGACCAGCUCACUCUUUCUUUCCAGGGCCAAGUUUAUGUUUUUGACUCCGUGCCGCCCCAAAAGGUACAAGCAGUGCUGCUGUUACUUGGCGCGAGAGAAGUGACGCCUAAUCCACCUGCAAUCCCAGUAGCCACCAACCAAAACCAGGAUCUUAUGGGUACUCCUCAAAGGUCGAAUGUCCCACAGAGGCUGGCUUCACUGAUUCGAUUUCGUGAAAAGAAAAAGGAACGAAAUUUUGACAAGAAAAUUCGCUAUGCAGUCCGUAAAGAGGUGGCACUUAGGAUGCAAAGAAAUAAGGGUCAGUUUUCAUCUUCAAAACCCAACAAUGAUGAAUCUUCUUCAGCUGUGACGACAUGGGAAUCAAACCAGAGUUGGGGACCUGAGAGUAAUGGAUCCCCGCAUCAAGAGAUCCUAUGUCAUCACUGCGGGAUUAGUGAGAAAUCUACUCCUAUGAUGCGACGUGGCCCUGAAGGACCAAGGACCCUUUGCAAUGCAUGCGGACUGAUGUGGGCAAACAAGGGAACUUUAAGGGAUCUUUCGAAGGCAGCCCACCCAGGUGUACAAGUUUCUUCCUUAAACAGGAAUGAGAUGCAGAGCGCAAAUCUGGGGGCUGAUUAAGUGGUCCUUAGAAUCACUGAAAAUGCUAGUGAUUCAUCAUAACUACAGUCCUUGGCCCAACCAGCAAAAAGAUAUUGAUGUUAGACAAUUCGAGGGAGCACACUUGGAGGUUUAUAAGAGACUUCCUUUCGGAUGGUGACAUACUCAAUUUACUGCAUAGGAUGUCCUUUCUGGCUUUCCAGAUGGAUGCAGGUCUUGGAAAAUUUCCCUAUACGCUGGCCAAGCAACUGCUGGGUUUUGGGAUGGUUUUCCUGUUGUUAGGUUUCAGAGGAACUGCAAUUUUCCCUCGUUUUGUAAAUCUUGACCUAAACUGUGUAUAAAUAAGCGAGAUGGUUCUUCGCAGUCUUAUCUAGAGUUUCAUUACUCGAAAGUGCCCUUUUGUGUUAAAUGGCUGAACAAUAAUGUUAAUCGCUUCCCGAUCCUACGCGUUUACUUAUAAUUCUUGA